AUGUUUCACCAGGUGUUGAUUAACGAGGCCGAUCAAAAUAGUCAGCGUUUUCUUUGGUGUGGCGAAGAUCAAUCGAAUGAUCCCAACACAUACAUCAUGAAAGUGAUGACCUUUGGGGCGAGCUGCUCGCCCAGUUGUGCACAAUUUGUUAUCAACGAGAAUGCUCGUCGUUUCGCUGCACGGUACCCGGCAGCUGUUGAAGCGAUUCAGAAGAAUCAAUAUGUCGACGAUUUGCUUGCGAGCGUAGAUACAGAGAACGAAGCAAUCGAGUUAGCAAAAUGCGUCCGGUUAAUACAUCAACAUGGUGGCUUUGAAAUGCGUAACUGGAUUUCAAAUUCGACACCAGUUCUGGAAGCUUUACAAACGAGCCGCAAACCAGAGAUGAAUCUGGAUAUCAUCACAGAAUUUGCCUUGGAAAAGGUGCUUGGCAUGUGGUGGAACACAACAACUGACGUUUUCCAAUUCAAAUUAAAUGUCGAACGAAAUCGCGAGUUACUUGCUGAAGGAAAGCAUCCAACCAAACGAGAAAUUCUUCGCGUUCUAAUGUCCAUCUAUGAUCCUCUCGGCCUGAUAGGGAACUAUCUGAUGUUCCUGAAAAUUCUCUUGCAGGAGAUUUGGAGAGCAGGAACAGAAUGGGACGAUAUGAUUCAUGAAAAGCAACUUAAGGGAUGGAUUACAUGGCUUCGGAUUCUACCACAGAUCGAGGAAAUACGAAUUCCUCGUUGUUAUCAUACUUCGUCGUGUGGAGAUCAACAUGCCGUCGAACUACACACCUUCGUAGAUGCGAGCGAAUUGGGAUAUGCUGCAGUUUCGUACUUUCGUUUUGUACAGGAUGGUGUGAUAAAAUGUGCUUUAAUUGGGGCUAAAACACGCGUAGCUCCCAUCAAAUUUGUCUCGAUCCCACGUCUGGAGCUUCAAGCAGCAGUCAUCGGUGUUCGAUUAGCCAAAAGUAUCGAGCAAGGGCAUUCACUGGACAUCAAACGACGUUAUUUCUGGACGGAUGCACGGGAUGUCAUAUGUUGGCUCAAUUCAGACAAUCGUCGAUACUCCCAAUUUGUAGCCUUUCGUACAAGCGAAAUUCUAGAAAAUACAGAGAUCAAGGAUUGGAAUUGGAUUCCAUCAAAAUUGAAUGUUGCUGAUGAGGGUACCAAGUGGCAGCGACAACCGGAUUUCGAUGCUAACAGCCGCUGGUUCAAUGGUCCUUCCUUUUUAUGGGAGCAUGAAUGUGAGUGGCCAAAGAUGCCAACAUCCGACCAUGUCACAGUGGAAGAAAUCCGCCAAAACCUCCUCCAUCAUACAAUUGAUUUCAACGAUAUUUUGCGACCAGAAGAUCACUCCAAGUGGAAGCAUCUGCGACGCAUAACGGCGCUGGUGAUACGAUUCGCUGAAAAUAUAAAACGCAAAUUAGCAAAAGCCGUAACACAAACAGGAAUACUUACGAUGCACGAGUUAGCAACAGCUGAAAACUUUCACUAUAGAAGAGCACAAAACGAAGUUUACUCUGAAGAAAUGGUAAUCCUUACGAAAGCUAAAAGCAUAAAAAAUCAGCAAAUUCUACCGAGGAAAAGUUCACUGUACAAACUCAGUCCAUUCCUUGACGACAAUGGCGUAAUGCGAGUUCAUAGCCGAAUCGAUGUCUGUGAGUUUGUCGGCAAGAAAAGUGCCUUCCCGAUUGUGCUUCCACGUGACCAUCGUCUCACACAGCUGAUUUUGCUAGAAAGACAUGAAAGGUACCAUCAUCAAAAUCAUGAAACCUACAUAAAUGAAGUGCGAAAGCAAUACUACAUUCCUCGUUUACGUGUCCAGUGCGAAAAGGUCAGGCGUAAGUGUCAGCAAUGCAAAAUACGAAUGGCAAAAUCUCAACCACCAGCUAUGGGGAACCUGCCUCCAGCACGACUUGCUGCCUUUGUACGUCCAUUCUCCUAUACUGGCGUAGAUUUUUUCGGUCCAUAUAAUGUCGCGGUUGGUCGACGUACUGAAAAGAGAUGGGGAGUUCUUAUGACCUGCCUAACUAUUCGAGCGAUCCAUAUAGAGAUCGCACACUCUCUUAACACAGACUCCUGUAUCAUGGCACUAAAAAACUUCAUGGCACGACGCGGAACUCCAGUGGAGAUUUUCAGUGAUCGUGGAACCAACUUUGUUGGAGCAAGCAAAGAACUCUCUGAUGCGCUAAAGACUGUUGAUAAGCAGAGGAUCAUGCUAGAGUUUACAUCGUCAACAACAUCAUGGAACUUCAAUCCUCCUGCAUCACCACAUAUGGGUGGUAGCUGGGAGAGACUUAUACAAUCUGUUAAAAAGAUUCUUGCAGAAAUCCAUCCUAAACGAUCGUUCACCGAUGAAGUGUUGAGGAAUACUUUAACUGAAAUAGAAAACAUCGUGAACAGUAGACCUCUAACAUACGUACCAGUAGACGAUGUAUCAUCACCAGCAUUAACUCCCAAUCAUUUUUUGCUGGGAUCAUCCAACGGCUCUAAACCACUGGUCCCCUACGAUGAUAGCGCGAUAGUUGUAAAACAUUCCUGGAAAACAUCACAAAUUCUAGCCAACUAUUUUUGGAGACGUUGGGUAAUGGAAUACUUACCGACCAUAACACGUAGAACAAAAUGGUUCCUUCCAGCGAAACCGAUAGGCGUCGGCGAUAUUGUGAUUGUUGUAGACCCUAAUAUGCCUAGAUCAUGUUGGCCAAAAGGAAGAGUGGUAGCGACAAAAAUAUCCAAAGAUGGCCAGGUUCGUUCAGCAACAGUACAAACAGUUUCAGGUUUAUACGAAAGACCAGCGGUAAAACUAGCUGUAUUAGAUAUCGGUGCAAAUAUAAACAAGUUGAACCAGAGCCCAACUUAG